AGCGUCGAGAUUUGAAUAAAGCGACCAAUCAGAGGUAUCGCUGGGCGGGAAGGCGUGGCGUCUUCCUUGCUUUGGUCCAAUCAGCGCAAAGCUACGUUGUUGUUCUGCUUUUUGAAUUGCGCUGUAACAGAAGGCUGUACUCGUGAACUACCACGAACUAUUAUGAAGUCUACGUUUGCCAUUAAAAGACAAAAAAGCGGCUGAAUUGCGACUGUCGGCUCAGUUUCUACACUAGAAGUAUGCGUUGAUACCAAUGGUUUAACGAGGUUUUUUUUUCGAGGACCUUGUUGAAGAGGAAUCUCUGGGAUUUGUUCAUAUCGCGGUAGAUUUCGUUAGCUGGUCUACGUUAGCCACAGGAAAAUCGUCCACGCUCAUUCAACAGCCGGGUUAACACCCAAGGCUAAAAUUAUUACUUAUUUGGUUCGACACAAAGUCACUUAAGCAGUUGACUCCUGCAAUGGCUGACAACAGCAUACUGACUUUAGGGACAGCCCGCAGUCUCCUGGUGGACUCAUCCGUGUAUGAUUCAAGGAUUGCUGAAACCACUAAGGACCAUGUAUUUCUGGGUCUGGCUCCUGAAGAUGGAGAAGAUAUGCUGCCAAAAGUGGAGACGAGGGUGGUCGUGGUGGGAGCGGCAAGCAGAAAUGCUUCAUUGCUGAAAGCUCUUCAGGUCAUUAGAGUAAUGGAGGUUCCAGUGGUCAAGAUAAGAGAAGGAGAGACCAACGCUGAGGAGAAAAUGAUGAUCAAAUCUAUUGUCAAUAUGGACAUCAACACCCCAUGUAUGAUGACAGAUAACGUCCGUGAGUUUGGAGAUGAAGACAACACCGAGUUCGAGACGGUGUUUGUUCUCACAGACUUUGAUACUCCAGACUACAACUACCUCUACAAACGGGAAAACCGUAUUGUGGGACCUCCUGUGGUGCUUCGCUGCGCCGCCAAGGAAGAACCUCUACAGUUCUCCUGUCGUCCUCUUUACUCCACUACGAUGAUGAACCUGUCGUUAUGUUUUACUGGCUUCAGGAACAAAGAAGAAAUGAAGAACUUAGUGAAUCUGGUCCACCACAUGGGAGGAACCAUUCGCAAGGACUUCAGCACAAAGGUCACCCAUCUAAUCGCCUACUCCACACAUGGCGAGAAAUACCGGCUUGCAGUGUGUCUGGGAACACCCAUCCUUACUCCGUCCUGGAUUCACAAGGCCUGGGAGAGAAGAGACGAAAUGUGGGUUUGGAAUUAUUUGAGAUUUGAAAAAAAAAAAAAAAUCAGGUUUUUUGUUUUCUGUUGUUUCAUGUUGCGGGCUGCUUUUUCUGAGGCGAUAUUGUUGCUAUUUACGAAUGAUAGCCCAGCUAUGAAAAAGGCUGUGUCUCUCUUGUCCCUCGUCACGCCGACCAGUAACCGCAAGCGCCGGCGACUCAGAGACACACUGGCUCAGCUCACCAAGGAAACGGACAUCUCCCCUUUCCCUCCACCUAGAAAAAGGCCUUCAGCGGAGCAUUCACUGUCCAUUGGCUCUUUGCUGGACAUCUCCAAUACCCCUGAGACCUGCAAGGCUCUGGCAGAGAGUUCAAAGCCAUCCCGUAGUUCAACUCCGGUUGUAUCGAAGCAGUCGGCCAGGUGGCAGGUGUCCAAAGAGCUUUACCAGACCGAAAGCAACUAUGUGGACAUUUUAAACAACAUCCUGCAGCUUUUUAAACAUCCGUUGGAGAAGGAAGGACAGGUGGGUGGACCCAUCCUGGCACAAGAAGAGAUUAAAACCAUCUUUGGUUGCAUCCCUGACAUCUAUGAUAUUCACACAAGAAUAAAGACUGACCUUGAAGAUCUGCUCAGCGACUGGUCCGAAGACGCGAGUGUAGGAAACAUCAUUCUCAAAUAUUCCAAGGAGCUAGUAAAGGCCUACCCGCCAUUUGUGAACUUUUUUGAAAUGAGCAAGGAGACUAUUGUUCGCUGUGAGAAGCAGAAGCCGAGGUUUCAUGCUUUUCUCAAGAUCAACCAAGCAAAACCAGAGUGUGGCAGACAGACACUGGUGGAGUUACUUAUCAGACCGGUACAGAGGCUCCCCAGUGUGGCACUUCUACUUAACGAUAUAAAGAAACACACAUCAGAUGACAACCCUGACAAGAUAACACUUGAGAAAGCCAUUGAUUCCUUGAAAGAAGUCAUGACUCAUAUCAAUGAAGAUAAGAGAAAGACUGAAGGGCAGAAGCAGAUCUUUGACGUCGUUUAUGAAGUGGAUGGUUGUCCCGCCAACCUGUUGUCCUCCCAUCGCAUUCUGGUUUAUCGAGUCGAAACCAUUGCCCUGGGUGACCAGCCAUGUGACCGCGGUGAAAACGUCACACUCUUCCUUUUCAAUGACUGCCUGGAGAUUGCGAGGAAGCGACACAAGGUGAUUAACACAUUCAAAAGUCCACUGGGACAGACGAGACCGCCGCCUCCUCUCAAGCACAUCGCUCUGAUGCCUCUGUCCCAGAUCAGGAGAGUUCUGGACCUGCAGGACACCGAGGAAUGUGUGAAUGCAUUUGCCUUGGUGGUUCGCCCUCCGACUGAACAAGAGAACCUGUUGUUUAGCUUCCAGCUGGCUGGAGAGGACACGGUUAAAAGCACCUGGCUGCGAACACUUUGCCGCCAUGUUGCCAACACCAUCUGCAGGGCUGAUGCGGAGGACAUGAUUCAGUGCACAGACCCAGACUCACUCCAGGUCAGCACCAAGGACAUGGACAGCACCCUGAGCAAAGCCUCGAGGGCCAUCAAGAAAACCUCCAAAAAGGUGACCCGGGCAUUUUCCUUUACAAAGACCCCAAAACGUGCAAUUCAGCGGGCGGUCAAGGCCAACAGUACGCCAGAUGAAAAAUCUCAGACACUGAGGCACGAGAACCGCACCAACAGUUCCUCCACGUUAGCUAUGCCUCGCUCUGCCUCUACGUUCAGUUUAAAUGAUUCCACAAAGAGCAGUGUGAUGGUUCAGCGCUCGAACUCUCUAGACCACCCCCCCGUCAGAACCCGAGUUCCCGUCUCUCUCCGCACCCCCUGCAGCCCCGCCCCGAAUCCUCCCAACAGCCCUGUUCCCUCUCCUGCCCCUAAUUUGUGCCCGAGUCCCGGUGCCUACAAACCCAAACCGAUCUCUUAUACAUCGGCACCGACCCGACAAGACCAGGCCAAUUCUCACACCACCCGUCAGUCCAACACGUCAACCCUAGCCACUGUGACUAGUGUUCCUGCUGGCCACAGCCCCAAAAGCACUCAGCCAAAGUCUAGUCAAUACGUGUCCCGACCCGUGCCUCCCAUUGGUGUCCAGCACAGGUCUCUGGCUCCUCAGCCUGCUAAUAGCAAAAGCAAGUACAUAUCUGAGCCGUUCAGGGACUCACAAGUCCCUCUGGACCAAACCAAGGCCCUCCUGACCACUCAACGCAAGGAGACUCUGCUGUCCCAUUACUCACCCUCCAUGGUUCACCUGCCCACCAUGUUUGAGAAGAAGUACCACACAUUCAGCCGUUCGAGCACUCACCUCAUAUGAGACGCUGUUACGUGACCCGUGAUGGUCGGCCAUCCUCACUGUCGCAACGGAAAUGCGCAACGCACAUCAGCACAAGGUGAACUCCUCUCAGGUCUGCCAUUCUCCAUGCAUUCAUUCUACUCACCGAACCUGAAGAUGAAGAACUGGUCCUAGAUUUGUGGACACCAGUCUGAUGCAAGGCAGUAUCAGAUGUUUUUUUUUCCAGAUCAGGUUACCGGUGGGGCAGUUGUUGAUCAGCCUGGGUCAAUGUGGACUAUUAUCAGUCACCAGUUUUACUGAAGGCCAUGGCCUUGUUUUUCUUUUUUUUGAAGGAUAUCACACUAACCUUGUUUUUUUUAGUUUAAGUUUAAAACUGACUUUAAAAACCAGCAAACAACACAUCGAAUUCUUCAUUGGAGCGUUCCCGUGAUGCCUGUGGGUUCGUCUUUUCGUUGAGCUUUGUCAAGUUACAGUAAUAUUAAAAUGUCAAUGUUUCUUCCCGUGCUGAUAACAGAGGUAACUAGCACUCGUCUGUCCUGCUUCAAACCGACAUCUGGUAGCUCUUUAAGCUACCUAAGAAAACUACAUUAACAUUUAUAUAUUGUGAAAGGAGGUAGACUUAUUGUAAUAAUCUUAUAUAAAAAGUUUUUAUCUUUAGCUCUAUGUCUGACUUUUUUUUUUUUUUUUUUAUACCUUUCAAAACUUUUGCUUAACUUUGUUUCCUUUUUACUGUCCACUGUGUGAAGAAGUUUUUAACGUCUUGUCCGUCUGUGAUGAAGGAGGAACGCUGCACAGCUGAACCUAUUUAUUCCUGAUCAAUACGUUGUCGUAUACCUUUCAAUUUCCCUUUUAUUAUUUAUGGAUAUUAUCUUCUGUCACUUUGUAUCAUGGUUUCUUUUACUAACCGCCGUCGUCUUUAAGCUACAGUUUUCUGUUGCUCUUUGAUUGUUCUCUGUAUUAAAUGCACUUGUACCUUCAAUUUUAAGCUGGUAUCCCAAGUCUGUAUUCGUCCUUUAUCACUACGUUUUUUGUAGGAGGAAACUAAACUAAA